GCCCGGAAAUAUUUACAGGGUUUUUUUUGUGAAUUAUUGCUGAUUUGGGUGAGUACAUCUUGGGUCGAUUUCUUGCCUUUUUUAUUCUUUACCACCUUUAGAUCUGGUUUUCUGUCGUCCAUCGUCAAAAACAGCACCAGAGUUCAAGUUCGUCAAAUCGGUUCCGGCAAACUGACCCAGAUGCAGAGCGACGAGGGUAGCCGCCGAGGGUCUGCCAACCCAAACCCCAUCGCUCAGGGAAGAGGGGAAGAUUUGAGCGAGGAGAGCACGGCCGCGUCCUCUCAUCGGCGGGCCGCUGCUGCGCCCCGACUUGCCGUCCCUCCUCUCCCUGGGCCGCCUCCUCGCGAUCCGCCCCCGACUCGGCCUGCUGAGUCUUCACUGCUGCUCCCGGAACAGCGCCAGUACAUUGUCGAUUGGCUGCACCAGACUGCGCUCCCGGAGGACUGGUAAGUAUCGACACCGGCGCAUUUUGUUUGCGGGGAUGCGUUGGAGCGUUGGACUACUUCUCCUCUCUCUCUCUCUCUCUCUCUCUCUCUCUCUCU